AUGAGCUUCGCAGGAUCAAAUCAAUCAUCGAAUCAAAAGGAUAACCAACGAAAUGUGCCUGUAAUGACGCUCAUGUUGGAUAUGUCAUCCGGUCGAAAUAAUUUCAGUUAUUUGCAAGGAAACAGAAUAGAUCCGUUCACAUCUCGUCGACAACACUCAUCUACUGAACAAGCAAACAUCAUUCAGCAGCAAACUCAAAAUGCAAUUCAGAUGACGGCGAAUAUUUUCAAUAACAUCGGACAAAAAGUCCAUACAAAUAUUACUUGUGAUGGAUGUAAUAUAACACCGAUCGUGGGUGAUCGUUAUAAAUGCUUCUUUUGUCCAAAUAUUGACUUUUGUCAAUCAUGUAAAACUGCAAAUAAAACAAUGCAUGAUGCCAAUCAUUCAGCGAAUCAUCCGUUGUUAUACAUUCAAGAUUCCAACGAAUAUCCCAAAUCAAUUUACGUACUUAAUCGCAGUGACUUACGCCAUAAAGAUAUUCAAUGUAAUGGUUGUAUGACGAACCCGAUUAUUGGAAUUCGGUAUCAAUGUUCAUGUGGUAUGAAUCUGUGUGAAAAAUGUGAAUUUAUUGGUUUGCACGAUCAAACUCACCAUCGAAUGAAGAUCACCAUGCCAAAUUGA